GUAUUUGUGAGUCACGCAGUGUCAAUGGGAGUGCCCAGCCACGAGAGGGCGCUGCCUCCCGGCCUCGCCCACACUCAGCGGGCCCAGGCAAAACCUCUGCCUGGCAUCGAACCACCACCACCAGCAGCAGCAGCACCAGCAGCGGCGGUGGUGCCUCGUCGCGACCAUCGCGGGGCAUCGUGGAAGUGCUUUGGCGGGGUGGAGUCAAGCCGCCCUUCCUCACUGCCGCUGAACUUGAGACUUCCUUGAGGCCAUGGCGGAAAUUCUGGCCUCGCUGUUGGAGGUGGCGGAGAAAGCGGCGAACAUUGCGCGCGUCUGCCGUGCCGAGGAGGCACUCUUCCGCCUCCUGGUGGAGGAGAAGACGGGCGACGACAAGAACAAGAAGUUUCUGAGCGACUUCAAGACCUUGGCCGACGUGCUCAUCCAGGAGGCCAUUAAGCAUUAUGUGGGCAAGAAGUUCCCAGGUCUGGCAGGGCACAUUUACGGAGAAGAGAGCAACAAGUUCACUAAUAGCUUGGGUGAGACGGUGUACAUCGAGGUGCGCGCCACCCCCGCCGACACGGCGGAGCUGCUCACCCUGGUGCUGGAUGGGAACCACCAGGCCGCUCGCCUCCUCGCCGAGGCCGUGCACUCUGACUCCGGGCUGGCGCCCGAUCCCCGGUUGAAGGACAUCGCCGUGAAGCUGGAGCCCGAGGACCUCGGGGUGUGGGUCGACCCCAUUGACUCGACGAACCAGUACAUCGAGGGUGCGUCGGAUGACAAGGGCAGAGGUGGGGUGUUCGAGCACGGUCUGCAGUGCGUCACUGUUCUCGUUGGGGCGUACGGGAGGCACGACGGCCUGCCCAUUAUGGGCGUUGUCAACCAGCCCUUCGUCAGGAGGGACCCGCAAACCGGCAGGUGGUCAGGAAAAGGCUUCUGGGGCCUGUGUUACGACGGGGUACGCGUGAGCUCCAUCCAAGGCCCUCCCCACUCGGUGGACCUCUCUGUGGUGAUGAGCGGCAGCGAGGGCGAGCACGUCAGGUUGGCGAUGGGGAAGCUGUGCGGUGGCGAUAGCGAACGUGUCCGGCUGGUGGCCGGUGCCGGCUACAAGGCGCUGUGCGUGGCCGAGGGCUUCGUCUCGGCUUACGUGUGCACCAAACCCAAGACCACGUAUGCCUGGGACAGCUGCGCCCCCCACGCGGUCCUGCGAUCCCUGGGGGGCGGUGUGGCCAACCUGCGGCGUUGCAUGGCGUCGUACCGGCAGGGCGUCACUGAGAGAGGCGAAGAAGGGAAGGAACCCCCGCAGCUUGUCUACCACUAGCCCUUCCCGAACGGCAAAGGGGCUGAGAUGUGGGCCAAUAUGGAUGGGUUUGUGGCCUACCGGUCACCAGCUGUGCUGCAGGCGGCAUUGUUGGCCUUAGCCGAGUGCGAGCGAACCUGAGUACCGGUACUCGCCUUGUAUUUGUUCCCCACUGGUACUGUAGUGUGGCGUGUCGACUUUUUUCCAUAACAAUGCCUCCGUCAGCUACGGUUUAUUGCAGUUUUCUACACGAGACAAUUCUGUUGCUUGGGUAAUGUUCUAUUGGGUGCUAGAGCAAAGUAUGACCUUUGAGCUUGGAAACUUUGACUGAACUUUGUCAUUAGUGUAUUUUUCACAUAACUGUUCUUUUUAUUAGGAAAAAAAGUUACUUGGUUAAUUGGAAAAAAGUUAUAUUCUUCUCAUAAGCUGAUUUGUAUUAUCUGUCAGUACUGACAAAAAUUCCAAGAUUUAAAAGGGUUGGCUUAGGUGGCUUAGGCACACGCCUGUAAUCCUGCACGAUGGGAGCAAGAGUAUGUGGUUCACAUUUAUUUUAAACUCCAAAACCGACAAGGUUGCGAGGUGGCUAGAUGGUAGUACAGGAAGUGGAUUCAUGAGCCCACCUGUGCAGAUCCUGGUAUGCUUUGUGAGGUAUCACCAUGCACUCUAGUUUUCCUCUCAUAUGUAGCAAAACACUCCUUAAAAAGGAAUUUUGUGAACAUCCCAAUGCAGGACCUUCCUAAAAAGUAUUUCAAAUACUGAACCGGUUCUACUUUGAACAUGAGGCUGUAUGACCACAACCAUUGCAUUGCGAUGUCAUUGGGAGCACAGUAUUAGUAUGGCUGAGCUCAGACCGUAUGGACCGCAUGUAGAAGUGGUCUCUUCAUUGAAGGGCCUCUUCAUUGAAGGGCCUCCUGUAAAAAAAAAGCAAUAUGUACAGCCCUUUGUCAAUCCACUCCUGGAUGAUGGCCUCCCCAAACCUGUGCUGGUCAUGAAGCUUAUUUGACCAUAUUUCACCAUCCUGGUCAGUGGGUUGAAGGCAUGGAAAAUAGAUGUGGAAGCAUAUAAAGUAAUGUGCAACAAUGGAGGUUCCUGCACUGCCUACCAUGCAGCGGCCCCGGCCGAUAAUACCUGUUAUGCACAGUGGUCGCUCAUCCAAAAACUAUCCAGGCUCAAGUUUGCUUAGCUUCCAAGAUGUGAUGAGGUGCAUUCUGGGUGACAAUGUGUAAAAAGUCUCAUGUAUUCAAAUAUAAAAUCUAUAACGACUUCGAUGUUCUCCAUUACACCAUAUUGAUAUUUGAAUGUAGUUAUUUUUUGCCUUUCACAUUUGCACAUUUGUUUGAUGUUGUAGGGAACUGGGGGUGAGCGUUGAGGAUACGCUUACUAAAGAUGUGACUGACCGAUUAUUAGACUAUUUUUAGAAUCUCGUAAUUUUACCCUAAAUAUCAAAAUACUAUCUUUAUAAAUAAAAGGGGGGACUGCAUUUUUAUAUUUUUUGCAUUGUGUACAGUCUGCAAGCUACCCGCAUGCCAAAUUUCAAGUUUGUUGCAUGUUGGGAAGUAUGCUAAACAUUUUGGACAGACACACAUUCACAAAUUUCCCUUUUUUAUAUAUAUAUAGAUGGUCCACGGUCAGUCCUCUUCUGGGUGAAAGCCUCCCCACACCGUCUAAGUCAUAGACGAUGUCUGACCAUAUAUUUGACCAGACUAGUCGGUGAGAGUUGGGGAUGGAGGGUCCAAGACUGAUUCAGAUACCAUACGCCACUCGUGUGCUUGCUGUGGCGAGUUAUCAAAAUCUAGUCGCACAUAUACAGAAGCUAAAGUUAUGUAUGUUUAUCUGUUUUCUUAUCAAAAGGGGUAGUCCCAUUAUCGUCAAUUUUCGAGUGCUUUCAUGUCUCAAUUCUUUGAGGUUUAUCACAGCACGGGUGCUAUCCAGUGCUUUUUUAAUGUAUGUAUUUUAUAUUAAUACUCCAUAUAACUGCUGCUGUAAACUACACUGAGUUUGACAAAUAUUGGUAUAUAACAUGACUGAAUGUAAAAGUAAAUAUCCAAGUUUAUCAUUUCCUCUCCUGUUGAGAUGUUCGGCUUGAUGAGCCUUUUUUUAUUAACUCCGUGCAGUGCGUGCACACAAGGUAGACAUUGCACAGAAAGCCUUGGCAAGGUUGUUAAGCCCAACGUCUUACCCCUAAUUCCGUUUUACAUAUUUGUGGUUUCAUGGGUGGGGAAAAUAGACCAGAAUGCAGUACUUGUGUAUAUGUACUGUAUAUUGAACUUCUUUCGCACCGUACUUGGCCAACCAUGUUAAUCGGAAGUGCAUUGAUUACCUGUUUUAACCUGGAGUCCAGGCUAAUUAAAGAUAAUGAAUGGAUACUUGUGACACUUUAAUGUAAAAUUAACUUGAGUGUUCCUUUUAACAGCUAUUUAUUUCGUGAUAAACGCUGAAUGUAAUGUGCAUCUGUCGGUAAUCACUCAGGCAUGUGGAAACCAUACAUGCCUUAUUUGUUUAAGUCAUGGAUUUAGACUUGUAUUGCCUUUUUCCCACAUUCGACAAUUAUGGUAUUUCAUAUAAAUAAAGGGUGAGUGUAUUGUCAAACAAUGCAUGCAAAAAGUUGCAUAUCCAGUACUUGGCAUAAUCAUAACGAGUUGAGACAAAUGAAAGGCACCGUAAUGCUUUUUUUUGGGGAGACAAGGCUUGGGUAAGGACGAGGAAUUCCAAACGAGCUGCCUGACUGAAGAAUUCCAGCUGAGCUGCCUGGCUACAUGAGCUCCAACCUCUCUCUUUGUCCAACUCUUGCCUCUUCACCCCUCCAUCUCCUACUCUCUUACCUCCACCUGUGUGGCAGCGCACACCAAACAACUCGCACCUUUACUAUGACGAUGCUGGUUUUCAAGUAUUCUCAAGAGAUAAAUGUCGCUGUUUAAAUAUUUUUUUGGACAAGGCAUAUUCUAUCUGUUCGUGAUUUUUUUGUCAGUCGUAGUACAGAAGCCAUUUGGCACCAUUUCUUUCAGUUUCAUAACCUGCGAUUCACAAGGCUUGUGGGAAGUGGUCUGCGGAACUGUUGUAGAUAUUCUUUUUUUCACAAAACCAAAUGUAGAAUUCCCAUUGUACAACUUCGCUGUUAUUAAAAGAAAUCUAAUUAAUUGUUUUCAUUAAUAUUUAAGUGCUUUGAGAGCAGUUUUAAUUUCGAAAAAUAUUUUACUGGUGCACAGCGAUUCACACAAAAUGUGUUAAGCGUGAUAGUGUUGCGCAGGUCUAGAAAGAUUGGGGACCAAUGCUUUUAGGCAUCUGAAUGUCAGUGAACUUCAAAGCAGGCUUAGCUGAAACACUGUUCAACUUGUAUACUUGUAUGGUUUGUUUGUAAUGGGAUUUUAUUUACAUAUGUUUGUAAAAUUUUGUAUCAUGGAAAUACAAUUUUAUAUACCAAUGUAAAUCACAAACGUAUGUAUCAUGACUCACAUUGUGAAUAAUAAAAUACUCAACAUA